AUGCCCCUCUUCACCUUGUCACCCUGCCCUUCGUACGUCUCUACAGGCGGCAAAGUUGAGCUGGAAAAGCUCUCGGAUGCUGAAAUUGAGGAGGUGAAGGACGUGUACUCCGUUUCGGUAGACGUAUACGUGCUCGACUCCUUAAGUGUCUCUGAGCUUGUCGAGCUGCUAGAUGUGACUAGUGACUCGGACGUGAAAGAGCUGCUAGAAGGUGAGGGCGUGGCAGAAGGAGUCUCGAUGGUACCAGAUUCACUGCUCAACGCUUCUGAUGAUGUCUCAGAAGGAAGCACCAAAGUAGUGCUUGAUCUGAUCGGCCAUGUGUACGAAGGGGUCUCAGAUUCACUGGCCGAAUCUCUUGAUGACGACAAGGUCGUCCAGUACGAGAAGCUUUCCGUUGUCGGCGUUGGCUCCGGAUAA